AUGUCCGACGGUAAUUGCCAGAGCGACGUUGUUGAACCUUGCGCAAAGAAAAUUAAAAAAGACGAGCAAAAUGAAAACGGUGUAAUAGAAUCGCAAUUAGAAUUAAAAGACUUUAUUCCUACGAAAAUAAUUAACAAUAAUACGAAUAGGAAAACAGUUUGCGUGCUUGGAAAUUUUAAAGACAAAAGUGAUGUAGCGUUGGUACUUUUAGAAAAAAAUGCUUUCAAAGCAGAAGAAUUAGACAGCAAUGGUUAUUUCUCAGCGGAAAGCGAACUAAAGACAUUCUUCCAGAACGAUAUUUACGGAAAUUUCGAGUGUUUUCCCAAAAAUAGUAUCAAUGGUGUAAAGACCACAAUAAUCUAUCCAGCUACAGAUAAGCACAUAGCUAAAUUUUGUCAACAAGAAGUACAUAUUGUACUUGAAAAUCCAGACUGCUACAGUAAGGUGACACUGCCACAGUUAGAGAAGGAUCAGUUUAAUUUACAGUGGGUAUAUAAUAUUUUGGAUGGUAAAAGCGAACAAGAUAGAAUAGUAUACAACAAUAAGUGUGAAAAAGAGGGUUUUGUACUGUUGCCUGAUUUGAAGUGGGACGGACUCGCUAAGGAGACAUUGUACCUACUCGCUAUUGUUAGACAAAGAGGUAUUAAAAGUCUAAGGGAUUUGAAUGAGACGCACUUGCCUUUAUUGAAGAGAAUUCGUGACGAAGGAAAGAAAGCAAUUUUUGAGAAAUACAAAGUUCCGGGAAGUCAAUUGAGAAUCUACUUUCACUAUCAGCCGUCGUUCUAUCAUUUGCACGUGCAUUUUACAUAUCUGAAGCACGAGGCACCUGGUAUUUAUGCAGAGAAAUCGCAUUUAUUGGACACUGUCAUUAACAAUAUUGAAAUUAUGAACGAUUAUUACCAAAAAGUUUCUCUACCCUUCACUGUCCGUGAAAUGGACUCCCUUUUUAACGUUUAUGAGACCAAUGGAUAUGUACAAAAGAUUAAAACACAGUUAAUUGAUAAA